GGACCCCUCCAAUCAUGUUUGAGCCUAUGUUCACCCGGGGCCAAAAAAGGAGAAUUCCGGAAUGCCUGCCGACGUUCAGAUAAGGUGCAUAUCCCUUACCACUAAAGGAAAGGCUCGACGAAGGGGGGGAUAUUAGCUGGGUAAGGAAAACGCUUUCGGAGAUUGAGAUGUCGAUUUGUUUUUCAUCGAAAAGGAAGAAGGCCGAGGGGAUAGCAGCCUUCCUUCGGGCUUUGCCUGCCGACGUUCUAAUAAAGAAUUCCGGCUCGGCCCGGGAAAGCGCUGGCAACAACAUAAAGAAAGGGGUCCAUGUAGCUGCUGCGCCCGCCCACUGAGCAGCAGGUUCGGCAUCUACUACAAAAGAGAGAAUCCACUUCAGAUAACCACGUCUCUGCUAGGCAGCGUGUGGAAUGGCCGAGAGCGGACCAAAUGGAUAUAUAAUCCAAGCCGAGAGUGGAGUUACAUGAACAGCAGUCUGAUGGAAAACAACUUUCACGUUCGGUUCAGAGAGCACUUUUUUCGUUGAGAAUAAGUCCUUCCCUUUUGUGUGAAUUCCCCAGCGGCGAAUUAACAACUUGUGGGGCCCUAUCUAUUCAAUCUCUCGAGCCCCAAGAAACCCCCCCUCUCCCUCGGACUCAAUCUCUCUUUUGACUCUAUAUAUGUGGGCACCUGAUAUCUAUGAGGGUUCACCCACCCCGGUGACAGCAUUCCUUUCUAUUGCGCCUAAAAUCUCUAUUUCUGCAAAUAUGUCACGUGUUUCUAUUGUUGCUUCCUAUGGGGGUACAUUACAACAAAUCUUCUUUUUCUGCAGCAUUGCUUCUAUGAUCUUAGGAGCACUGGCCACCAUGGCCCAAACGAAAGUCAAAAGACCUCUAGCUCAUAGUUCGAUUGGACAUGUAGGUUAUAUUCGUACUGGUUUCUCAUGUGGAACCAUAGAAGGAAUUCAAUCACUACUAAUUGGUAUAUUUAUUUAUGCAUCAAUGACGAUAGAUGCAUUCGCCAUAGUUCCAGCAUUACGGCAAACCCGUGUCAAAUAUAUAGCGGAUUUGGGCGCUCUAGCCAAAACGAAUCCUAUUUCGGCUAUGACCUUCUCCAUUACAAUGUUCUCAUACGCAGGAAUACCCCCGUUAGCCGGCUUUUGUAGCAAAUUCUAUUUGUUCUUCGCCGCUUUGGGUUGUGGGGCUUACUUCCUAGCCCCAGUGGGAGUAGUGACUAGCGUUAUAGGUCAUUGGGCGGCCGGAAGGUUGCCAUGAGUAAGGUUGGGAGACCGAAGGCAGUUUUCCGUGCACCGGACACGUAGCUUACCGAAUCAGUUGCAACACAGAUGGGAAUGCAUGCUACGAAAGACAGGGUCGAGUCUGAUACAUCAACCGUCGACUCCAUAUCCUUGUACGAGUCCACAAUCACUACACGAGAUGAACCUGGGUUUGGUGAAUGGAAGUUGGCCUUAGGUGUAAUAGGACUCCCAGUUACUGCGCGCGAUCGUAUACUGAGGUGCUCCCCGUCGGUUGUUGG